AUGGGCCCCUGUACCGCCUCCUCAUGCUGCUGCCAGGCCCGUAAUCUGCCAUGGGCCCCCGUACCAACUCCUCAUGCUGCUGCCAGGCCCGUAAUCUGUCAUGGGCCCCUGUACCGCCUCCUCAUGCUGCUGCCAGGUCCAGAGUGUGUCAUGGGUCCCUGUACCGCCUCCCAUUGCUGCUGUCUCCAUCGCCACACUCUGCCAUGUGCCACUUUCAGGUCUCCUCACACUGCUGGUGGGUUCCAUUUUGUCAUAGGGUGCUGUAUGGCCUCCCAUUGCUGCUGCCUCCACCGCCACACUGUGGCUCCACACUCUGGUUUUGGCCCCGUGACUGCCCAAAUGAGUGAAGUGUGCGGUGAUUCUAAGAUCGACGGCACUCAUCUGCAUGUCAUACUGACUGACAGUAUUAUUUCUCUUCCCCAGCAGACUCCAAGGGCAUUUAAAUUAAAGGUACAGUGUUCUGCACUAAUAUAA